AUGGCAAAACGGCGACCUAUAUUCCCGUUAGAGAUGAUGGAAAAGGAGCUCGGGUUUAAAGCAGAGUCUCUAGCCCACUCGUCAUGUAAACAUGAAGAUGCAAUUCGAUUAUUCUAUUCCGAUCUAAGCCCUGUCUCAAAUUCUCCAUUGGAAAGGACCGCGAAGGAAUUUGAAAGCUACCAGAUGAGGAAAGCCCUCAGGACCUCUAACAAGUGUGGCCAACCCCUGACCCGCCAAAUCCCACGUUCUGAGAAAAGAAGGUUGCCGAGGGAGCUUCGCCAAAUUGUUUACAACUUCACCAUCCCAACCACAAAAUACAAACUUCCCGGCCCAGAGGGCGCAGAAGGAGUCAACCUGGCCCACACGAUGGCGGACGCUCAAGGGUUUUACUUUCCACACAGGCCUGAUCUCGCCCUUCUUCGCGUCAACAGGCAGAUGCGCGAAGAGGCCCUACCUCUAGCCUACCGCAAAACCACUCUGCAGUUGGAGGACGUGAGUGAAGCCGUGAAGAUCCUAAUCGCCAUUGGAACCAUUGGCCGUGAAAAUAUAGAGGUCUUGGAGAUUUCUUGGGAUAGCAGGGAAUGUCUGGAGUGCGGUAUAGACAGCAACGCCCCUAGUCAGGACAAGAUCUUGUGGGGGUUGCCGCAACUGCAUGUCGGAAGCUUGGUCAAGUUGCUCCAACAAUGUCGAAGACUUUGUAUGUUGCGAGUGUGCUUUGAGGAGGAGUUGAUACGGGAGAUUCCCCCUGGGGAUUUCAAGUCCGACCUCGGAAUCAAUGGACUUGCUUCUGUUCGUGGACUUGAGAAGGUGGAGUUUGGGGAUCGAGAUGGGGAGCCUCUGGGUCAUUGUGGCCUUCUGGACUGGUUGAACGGAGCUAUGACACAGCCUCGAGUGGAACUAACAGAAUUAAAUGAGUUAUAA